AGUUGUUAUUCUUUCUCUUCAUCCGUAAUGGAAUUCCUCUCUAAUUCUCCUACUAUUGGAGCACUAGACUCUGCUGCCGUUUCGGCUAUAUCUUCUGAUGUUAAAGGGUCUCUCAAUUCAGGCUCCACUCCCCCUAUGUUGGUGUUUUCUAAGACUCCCAAUAACGACGGUGUUACUGCUACUACUACAAGUUCCGGUAUCCCUUCAUUCGACGACGACUCCUGUCAUUGCGAGACCCCGAAAAAUAGUGAACUCUUGGCGGCCUCUGAAUACCUCAAGAGUUCCUUGCAAGACCUGGAGGACAGUAUCAGCAGUAUCAGCACUGUUGAUGAGAGUGUUGCUAAGUCGCCGUCGCUCUCUCUGCCCGUGGGUGACUUCUCGCCUGAACUGUCCUUCUUCGCUGACGAAGAAUCUCUCACAGAUGCGGUUCGUGCCCUGUUGGAUUCCCCGGAGCAGAGACGGUUGAUGCUUGCUAUUCAUGCGAGGCUUAUAUCAACACCACCCUCUGCUAAUUGGAUCAUCGAUCAGCUCAGCAAUGCUAGCCGUAUUCUUCUUGUUAUCAGUCCUGCCUCGACAGGGUUGAACGAUAUUCGCUGUGCGAUCUGUGUUGCUAUCAUGCGAAGUGAGGAAGAGGCUGAAUGUCUGUGUAUGCCUGGUCGCUUGGGUUCUCGUAUUACUGUCACGAGUUUCUCUAACCCUAUGUUGCCUGGUUCCAACGAUCUAGUUUCUAUUCCUGGAUCUAAAGACUUGAUGCAGAUUGACGAGAUCUCAGAGUUGGCUGAUGGAACUCCGAGUAUUUGUGGUGUGAUGGCUUUGGGUGAUGUUAAAAUGUUACUUCCCCAAGAUGAGGCCGAAUGCCAAGCUCGUGUGUUGAUGGUUAAGCGCUGCCAUAAGUUAGGGGCUCGUUGCAGUCUCAAGCUGAAGGCUUACUUCGACACGAUUCUUGGUCAUGAUGGUGCUGUCGAGCAUGUUCUGAUGCUGCCUCUCAAGGCGAGAUGCACUGCUCGUCGCGGAGUACCUCCCAAGACUGGGUUUGUAGUUUUCCGUAAUUCUACUGAUGCAUUGUUGGCUCGUGCUUUGGGUAGUGAGCAGAUUGUUGAGCCGGAGGCGUCCAUCAAAGUGGAGACUUUUGAUGGUAUGUAG